AUGUGGGGCAUCUUUGCCCUUUUCGGGGUCCUGCUGCUAAGCAUGGGACGUAAGAGAGUAGACCCAGAGCAGGCCCAGAAGGCUGUAGAUGCGGUACGCAGCGGUGAGAUGUCGCUCCGCGUUGCUGCGAGGACCUACGGGUUACCGCUAGCCUCGCUGCACGACCGUGUGAAGAACAAGGUGGCCAUAGAUGCGAGGGUUGGUCCCGGGACUGUCCUGAGCAAGGAGGAGGAAGAUUUCGUAGAAGACGUCUUGAUCUACGCCUCCCGACACUUCUUGCUGUUGGGUCGGAGGGAGCUGAGAGACGCUGUGCGCAACAUCUGCACCGACGGGCGCAAGGUGCCCUGGGACCCAGACAAGGGCCCUGGGGACAGCUGGCUUGAGGGGUUUAUGGCGAGACACCCGGGUUUGUCGGAGCGAGCCACCCACAUCUACGAAGCAAACCGGAUUAACGAAGACGGCGAGCCUCGCCUUCAAGCUUUCUACAAAGCAUGGGCGGAGUACCUGGAGGAGACCAAGCUCCCGCCGGAACGCAUCCUCAACACGGAUGAGACAAGUGAGUUAGGGCAAGGGUUGAGGUGUCAGUAGGUGUCAUUGGGUGUCAGCGGUGUCAGUAUCGACUGCUGUGGGUCAUGAAGAGAGCGUAUCAUGCAUGUCACUUGCGCAGCUAGCGUUACCACGUCGGGCUACCUCCAAACACCGCUCAUUCUCCUGGUUGGCAAGCACGUGGACCCAAGUACUGCUGUACGUGGUACGCUUUUGGUGGAUCUGCGUUCGGAAAAUAAAUCAUCGUUGUGUGAUGCGAUGCACAUUUUGCACGUGGACACGUAAAAGGUUUUUGGUUGAGUUGUUUUAUAGCUGUGUUUCAUAGUCGCACCUCUUCUAGAAGGACAACACGAGGCAACGAAUGCACCAACACUCAAGAACGACGCACCCAUUUGCACAAUGCAUCCCUUCCUCCCACCGUACCCUCAACAUAACACCCUCAUACCUCUCAUCCCAUCGAUUUAAACCCCCGACAAAAACACAAGUCAACGAAAAAAAAAGAGCUUCACAAUAUCAAAACAUCACUCGCCGUACAAAUAACACAAACCCAAGAAACCAACGCUACCCUGGCGACCUGUCAGCCUGAACACGAUCUGCGCUGCAACCGUCAAAGGAAGUCGCUCAUGCACGUCUGCUUGGUUUCCCUCGAACCGUAGGCACUCAUCCACGCUAGCUUAGCCUUGCGGAGGUGAAAAGACACUUCGGACAUGCGGCACUUCUCGGCAGUAUCCUCGAGUUACCAAAAUGGGUUGCUACAUUCGCGUACGGCGGUGGAGCCGGGGCCGCUGCCGCCGCCAACUGUCCCGAUUGGCGUAGCUCAACCAUGUCGUCGUCCUCGUCGUCAGAGGAACGAUCCAUGUCCACCAAAUUCUCAUCACAGAGGUCCUCUACCAUCUCUGUUACGAUCGCUUCGGCUACCUCCACGUUGUCCUCUACAGACAGCCAUGUUUCUACCGCCUGAAGUCAUGCGCUCACGGGAGGACAGGCAGUUGUGGCAGAUGCGAUGCAUCUCGGAGGUGCCCUGAGGGUCCACCACACCACAGGUGCCAUGGAGGUACUGCCCGCAGACUCCUCUACAUUGGUGAUUUGUGAACGCCGGCGGGCCUGGCGUGUGAUCGGGGACAGCCGUGCAGCGACUGCCCGCCGCGCAGGGCAUGGUGUCUGCAGCUGUGUGGGUGUGUGAUGUGUAUUUGUGUCCACGUGGUUUCCAUAUCGUUCGAUUUAAGAGAAAAAUCCCAGCUGCAAUAGGAAACUUCUCUUAAAUCGAUUUUGAUUGGUACAAGCCAAUUCCUCUCUCUUAAAUCCGUACUUUCUCUUAAAUAAGUUCUCUUGAACCGUAGCCGCUACUG